AUUUUCAAGACCUUGACCUAUCUUCUUGAAGGAAACAACCAUACAUAUCUACACAAGGAAUCACUAACCAACACUUGCCUUCCCAACCUCUCAAGAAACAACUCUCCAGUCCAGUCCACCCAUAAACAACAACACCAAAAAAUGGGCUCAGUAUCAUUCCCCUCGACCUCGGAACCUCCCAAGCCCUGGGUUGAAACCCCCCUCAUCUAUUCCGCCCAACUAUCCAACGCCGCCGGGUGCAACAUCUAUCUCAAACUUGAGAAUGUCCAACCCUCUGGGUCUUUCAAGUCUCGCGGCAUAGGCAACAUGAUGCUCCGCUCCACCCUCCCUUCUCCCCCCUCCUCCCCCUCUUCUUCUUCCUCCUUCCUCGAGUCUCCCGCCGCCCAAAGAAAAAUCCACUUCUUCUGCUCCUCUGCCGGCAACGCCGGCCUCGCCUGCGCCACCACCGCCCACACCCUCGCCUGUCCAGCAACCAUCGUCGUGCCCACCUCCGCUCGGGAGCCCGUUCUGCGUCGGUUGCGCCAACUAGGUGCCAGCGUGGUGGUCUGUGGUAGUAAUUGGUUUGAGGCUGAUACGCAUUUGCGGGAGGUUGUGAUGCCCGCUUCCGCCCUUGAAGAUGGGGAAGAAACAAAGACGAAGCAAGUCUACGUCCCCCCCUUCGACCACGAAGAUAUCUGGUCCGGAGCAGCAACCCUGAUGGACGAGGUCGCCGAGCAAAUGCGCGUCGUGCAUCGGGCGUAUGUGGAUGCCGUGGUGUGUAAUGUUGGUGGGGGCGGGUUGUUGAACGGGAUUAUGGAGGGGGUUUGGGGACCCAGCCGAAAUGGAAAUGAUGGUGAUGGAAAAAGAGGGUUGGGUAAAGAAGUGGGAGGCGGAAAGGAGCCGAGGGUUCUGGCGAUUGAGACGGUCGGCGCCGAUAGUUUCAACCAGUCGGUGAAGGCGGGCGAGCUGGUCAAGAUGACAGCAAUCACCAGCAUCGCGUCAAGCUUGGGGGCUGUGCAAGUCUCGAAAAAGACGUGGGAGUGGAGGCAGAUGGUUGGGGGGGAGAACUUGGUCAGCGCGACGGUGACGGAUGCGGAGGCCGCGAUGGCGAGCGUCAGGUUUGCGGAUGAACAUCGCAUGUUGGUGGAGGUAAGCUGUGGCGCGACGCUGGCGACGGCGUAUAAUGGGGAUUUGAGGAGGUAUCUUGGGAAGGGGUUGAGUGACGAGGAGUGGCGGAAUGUUAAUGUUGUUAUGGUGGUUUGUGGUGGGAGUCAUGUUAGUGUGGACGUGUUGAAGGCGUAUAGGGAGGAGUAUGGGCCGGAGGUUGCUUGGGCUUGAGCCUUGAGGGUAAACGAACGGGGUUAUGGAUGGAUGGAAAGCAAAAAGGCACGGUAUGGGGGCGUUAAUGGGUUUUCUUUUGUUAAUCGCUGCUUUUCAAGAAUGAUCAUUUGGUUGUUGAAGGGCACUUCUACCACUCAUCAGCGAGUAUUGGAACUAGUUUAGUUGCUUUCGAGUAUCUUCAGUCUUCCCUUUUAUAAACCAACUCUGCGUAACCUUCAGGAACGUUCGCCGAUGCAUACACCCCAAGGUCCCGAAGAACCAGCUUGAGCUCGCCAAAGUAGUUGACGUCUCCCUCCUGCUCAAACCCGAGACUCUUGAAAAGGGCAAUGCUCUUGGUGUUGUCCUUGUUGAUCUUGGCCAUGAGCAUCCUGAGUCUGGGU